AUGGCCACGACUACCCACGACAGAGACGCCAUCACGGCGAACGAGGAGUACAACGACGUGGAGAAGAAGGAGCUCGGCAUGGACACCGUCCCCACCGGCGACCACCACGCCGCGCUCUACCUGAUGGACGAGGACUACGAGGGCAAGCCCACCGAGGAGGAGCGCAAGUCCCUGCGCCGCGUGCCCGGCAAGAUCCCCUGGGUCGCCUACCUGCUGUGCAUCGUCGAGUUCUGCGAGCGCGCCUCCUACUACGGCGUCCAGCCCCUCAUCAGCAACUACGUCAACCGGCCCAUGCCCGACGGCGGCAACGGCUGGGGCGCCCCGCCCCGCGGCGACCAGCAGACCGCCGGCGCCCUGGGCAUGGGCACCGUCAAGGCCAACGCCGUCACCCAGGCCUUCUCCAUGCUGGCCUACGCCCUGCCCCUCGUCUUCGGCUGGCUCGCCGACGCCAAGACGGGCCGCUACCGCAUCAUCUGCUGGGGCGUCGCCGUCUUCGGCGUCGCCCACGCCCUGCUCGUCGCCUCGGGCGACCGCCACCUGCUCGCCAGCGGCAACGCCAAGGGGCCCUUCUUCCUGUCCAUCUACAUGCUGUCCAUCGGCGCCGGCAUGUUCAAGCCCAACGUCUCCCCGCUGCUGCUCGACCAGAUGACCCAGAGCCGGCCCAUCGUCAAGACCCUCGGCAGCGGCGAGCGCGUCAUCGAGGACCCCGAGCACACCACCGAGCGCGUCGUGCUGCUGUUCUACCUCAUGAUCAACGUCGGCGGCUUCUUUGGCGUCGCCACCGCCUACAGCGAGAAAUACAUCGGCUGGUGGCUCGCCUUCCUCCUGCCCCUGCUCGUCUACCUCCCGCUCCCCUUCCUCCUGUGGUUCCUGCACAAGCGCCUGAUCCUGCACCCGCCCGGCGGCAGCGACCUGCCCAACGUCUUCCGCAUCCUCAUCAUCUGCUUCCGCCGCGGCGGCUUCAAGCGCAUGCUCAAGGGCAAGGGCUUCUGGGACCUCGCCAAGCCCAGCGAGCUGCGCGCCGCGGGGCUCAACUACCGCACGCACUGGAACGACCAGUUCGUCGACGACGUGCGCCGCACCUUCCAGGCCACGGGCAUCUUCUGCUUCUUCCCCAUCCAGUACCUCAACGACAACGGCAUCGGCGGCGCCGCCGGCUUCCUGUCCACCAUGCUGCGCACCGACGGCGUGCCCAACGACGUCAUCAACAACUUCAACCCGCUCAGCAUCAUCGUCAUGAGCCCCGUCCUCAACUACCUGCUCUACCCGGCCAUCCGCAAGGCCAAGAUCCACUACGGGCCUAUCGCCCGCAUCACCACCGGCCUCGCCAUGUCCACCAUCGGCGGCAUCGGCUACACCGUCCUCAACUACUACGCCUACCGGGAGUCCCCUUGCGGCGAGUUCGGCUCCAGCGACUGCAAGGUCGGCUCAGGCGUCGCCGACAUCUCCAUCUGGUGGAUGGCUCUGCCGUUCGCUAUCGGCGGUAUCUCCGAGCUUUUUGUCAACGUCCCGGCCUAUGGCCUGGCUUACAGCCGUGCUCCGGUCAAUAUGAGGGGAUUAGUGUCAGCCAUCAACCUGUUCAACACGGCCGUGGCCUACAUCAUCGGCCUCGCCUGCUCCAGCGUCAUCACGGACCCCUACCUGACCUGGGACUUUGGCGGCUGCGCCAUCGCCGGCGGAAUCCUGACCGUCGUCUUCUACUUCACCUUCCGCCACAUCGACGCCGAGGAGUACGUCAUCAGCAUGAACAAGAACGAGCUCGAGAUGACGGGCACCGACGCGCCCAUCGUCGCCGAGAGCGACAUCAACAAGUCGAUCAACCGCCCUGCUCCCAUCGCCGAGAACGAGCAGAACAUGAUUUCGCAGAAGCAGUAA